CAGCUUUUACAGCAACAGAGUUUAGACUGUCUUUGCUUCAUCAUCUGAAGGCAAAAUUUUCCAGAUACGGCAGACGGCUCUCAGAGUACAAUAAACAGGGAAUGAGAACUAUUUACAUGGAAAUUUCUUCCUCAUGAUGCAGCGGAGAAGCCUCGGCCACUUGAUUUCGCCAGAUGUUCCUGGGGUUACUGUAAAAGGAAAGGAGAGGCACAGCUAAACAAGGCUCAAGAUUUAAAAGUGCCUGUGUGAAGUCACUUUUGCAGGAAACCACAGCCCGGGAGCUUUUGUGUUACCGUGUUUUGCUAUCAAAUACACAUUACCCUGACCUUACGAGUGGAUGAAGAUACCUCAAUUGUCUGGCUUUGCCAAUUGCUUGAUUUCGGAAUUUUAAAAGGUGAAAGGAAAGAGAAAAUUCUGCUAAGAUCUGAACAUCUAAGUGGCUUAUUUUCCAGCAUCAUCAAUAGCUGCGAGCAUCAGAACUAAAUAGUCUCCCAAGGAGUGCCAUGAUAUUGAAGUCACUUUAUUAAAAACAAUUGUGUCUGCAAAACGAUCAGGUGACUCAGACGUUUGUGGCCAGAGAUGACACUGAGCAUGCUUUCAUUGCAGCCCGCAGUCUUCGAGUGGGGCAUAUUGAUUGAUGAGUGACCGCCUGCCAAUAAAUUCUCUCCUCACCCUGUUUCCUGGAUUGGGCUUCUUUAAGCAAUUUGUCACUUACCUUCAGACUUACAUGUGGGAUUUUUCACAGCAAUAGUUUUGGAAUCAUUGGAACUUGAUUUGAUUUCAUCAUUUAACAGAAACGAACAGGAUCCAAAUUAUUUUCUCAUCAUGGCUUUGAAUGUUGCCCCGGUCAGAGAUACAAAAUGGCUGACCUUGGAAGUCUGCAGACAGUUCCAGAGAGGAACGUGCUCCCGCUCUGAUGAAGAAUGCAAAUUUGCUCACCCCCCCAAAAGUUGCCAGGUUGAAAAUGGAAGAGUAAUUGCCUGCUUUGAUUCCCUAAAGGGCCGUUGUUCAAGAGAGAACUGCAAGUAUCUUCACCCUCCAACACAUUUAAAAACUCAACUCGAAAUUAACGGGAGGAACAAUUUGAUCCAGCAAAAAACUGCAGCAGCAAUGCUUGCCCAGCAGAUGCAAUUUAUGUUUCCAGGAACCCCACUUCAUCCAGUGCCCACUUUUCCUGUAGGUCCCGCAAUAGGGACAAAUACGGCAAUUAGUUUUGCUCCUUACCUAGCACCGGUAACCCCUGGAGUUGGGUUAGUCCCAACGGAAAUUCUACCCACCACACCUGUUAUUGUUCCCGGAAGUCCACCUGUCACUGUCCCGGGCUCAACUGCAACUCAGAAACUUCUCAGGACUGACAAACUGGAGGUCUGCAGGGAGUUCCAGCGAGGAAACUGUGCCCGGGGAGAGACUGACUGCCGCUUUGCACACCCCGCCGACAGCACCAUGAUCGACACAAACGACAACACCGUAACCGUUUGUAUGGAUUACAUAAAGGGGCGUUGCAUGAGGGAGAAAUGCAAAUAUUUUCACCCUCCUGCACACUUGCAGGCCAAAAUCAAAGCUGCGCAGCACCAAGCCAACCAGGCCGCGGUGGCCGCCCAGGCAGCCGCGGCCGCGGCCACAGUCAUGACUCAGUCGACUGCCAAAGCAAUGAAGCGACCUCUCGAAGCAUCUGUAGACCUGGCCUUUCCUCCUGGUGCUCUUCAUCCUUUACCAAAGAGACAAGCACUUGAAAAAAGCAACGGUGCCAGCACCGUCUUUAAUCCCAGCGUCUUGCACUACCAGCAGGCUCUCACCAGUGCACAGCUGCAGCAACACACAGCAUUCAUUCCGACAGUACCCAUGAUGCACAGCGCUACGUCAGCCACUGUCUCUGCGGCAACAGCUCCUGCAACAAGUGCCCCCUUCGCAGCAGCAGCCACAGCCAAUCAGCGGAUGGUGUGUAGGCUGAAGCAGAGGGCCAAAGCAGUCUGGGUGAGCCAAGAUAAUUCUGAAAUAAUCAGCAGAAACGGAAUGGAAUGCCAAGAAUCUGCAUUGAGAAUAACUAAACAUUGUUACUGUACAUACUAUCCUGUUUCCUCCUCAAUAGAAUUGCCACAAACUGCAUGCUAAAUAAAGAUUUAGUUCUUCUGGACAGACCACAACUCUAAGAAGCUAGUGCUGCUAUAUCAUAUAUGAGUAUUAAAUAUGGUAUGCUUAGUAUAUUCCAACCUAAGAUAGUUAACUACCUGAGACCAGCUGUGAUGUUUAAAGACAUAAAGGAUAAAGUUUACUUUUAAAGGGUUUCUAAACAUAGUUUCUGUCCUAGGAAUAUUGUCUUAUCUCCAUAACUAUAGCUGAUGCAGAAAGUCCAACCAAUUUACUCAUUUUGACUCAGAAUAUUUCAAAGUUAGCAAUAAACAAUUAGCAUUAGUUUAAAAAAAAAAACCUAUUCCAAGGGCAGGUUCGAUUCUAACUUCAAUUACUGUCAUUUCAUUUACCUACUGGAUCAAAGCUAUGUUUCACUUCUUGACAACACGAAUGCUGCAGCAAAGAUGAGAAGUGAAGUAAAACCGUUACCUGUCCUGCAGGUCUAAAAUUUGAAUGGAAAUUCAAGCACAAGUACUGGGGACACAUCAAAGUGUGGUAUUUGGUUUGCCUGGAGAUGCCGCAUUGAAUCAUGUGAUUCUAGAAUAACAUUAACUAGAUUGAAAAAGAAACUUUGCACGGUAUGAUCUUCAUACCCCACCAAACAAAGUCUUGAAGGUAUUAUUUUACAAGUAUAUUUUUAAAAUUGUUUUAUAAGAGAGACUUUGUAGAAGUGCCUAGAUUUUGCCAGACUUCAUCCAGCUUGACAAGAAUGAGAGGCCCAUGCCAACAGUCUAAUCAAAAGGAUUAGUCUUUCAAACUCACCAUCCGGUUGCCUGUUACAGAAUAACUCUUCUGAACUAAAAACCUAGACAAACAAGGAAGCUGUAGGUGAGGAGAUCUGUAUAAUAUUCUAAUUUAAGUAAGUUUGAGUUUAGUCACUGAAAAUUUGACUGUGACUUUAAUCUAAAUUACUAUGUAAACAAAAAGUAGAUAGUUUCACUUUUUAAAAAAUCCAUUACUGUUUUGCAUUUCAAAAGUUGGAUUAAAAGGUUGUAACUGACUACAGCAUGGAAAAAAAUAGUUCUUUUAAUUCUUUCACCUUAAAGCAUAUUUUAUGUCUCAAAAGUAUAAAAAACUUUAAUACAAGUACAUACAUAUUAUAUAUACACAUACAUAUAUAUAUACUAUAUAUGGAUGAAACAUAUUUUAAUGUUGUUUACUUUUUUAAAUACUUGGUUGAUCUUCAAGGUAAUAGCGAUACAAUUAAAUUUUGUUCAGAAAGUUUGUUUUAAAGUUUAUUUUAAGCACUAUCGUACCAAAUAUUUCAUAUUUCACAUUUUAUAUGUUGCACAUAGCCUAUACAGUACCUACAUAGUUUUUAAAUUAUUGUUUAAAAAACGAAACAGCUGUUAUGAAUUACUAUUAUGUGUAAUUGCUUAAAACAUCCAUUUUCUUUGUGAACGUAUUAGUGAUUGAAGUAUUUUGACUUUUGAGAUUGAAUGUAAAAUAUUUUAAAUUUUGGCACCACCGCCUGUUCUGAAAACUAGAUGCACCAACCAUAUCAUUUUUGUUUGAGGAAAAAGAAAUCUGCCAUUUUAAUUAAUGUUGGUCAAAGUCUAAUGACUAUUUAUCUUAUAUUGUAGAUUUGAUAACCCUAUCAAAAAAAAAUCACAUUCUAAGUGUAAUCUUACAUAGUGCUUGUAUUGUUGCAUUUGUUUUAAUUUGUGGGAAACUAUUGUAUCUAACUUGUAUUUCUUUGGUAGUUUCAUCUUUAUGUAUUAUUGAUAUUUGUAAUUUUCUCAACUAUAACAAUGUAGUUAUGCUACAACUUGCCUAAAACAUUCAAACUUAUUUUCUUUUUUCUUUUUUUCUUUGUUAAUUCACUUAAACUCAUUGAAAACAUAGUAUACAUUACUAAAAGGUAAAUUAUGGGAAUCACUGAAAUAUUUUUGUAGACUAAUUAUUGUAACAUUGUCUUUUUUUUCUUUUGUUUCAUGAUUUUGAUUUUUAAAGUUUUUAGCACACAACUAUUUUCAGCCCUUUAAUAAUGGAGCAUCAAAAACAUCACCUAUACCCCCCCAAGCGAAUAUAGAAGACUGUAUUUUUACUAUGAUAUCCAUUUUCCAGAAUUGUGAUUGUAAUAUGCAAAGAGUCAUAAAUAUGCCAUUUACAAUAAGGAGGAGGCAAGGCAAAUGCAUAGAUGUACAAAUAUAUGUACAACAGAUUUUGCUUUUUAUUUAUUUAUAAUGUAAUUUUAUAGAAUAAUUCUGGGAUUUGAGAGGAUCUAAAACUAUUUUUCUGUAUAAAUAUUAUUUGCCAAAAGUUUGUUUAUAUUCAGAAGUCUGACUAUGAUGAAUAAAUCUUAAAUGCUUUGUUUAAUUACAGAACAAAAUCACCAAUAUCCAAGACAUGAUGAUAGCAAUUCAACAAAUACUGUAGUUAAGAGAUGAACUCGCCACUUGUAUGGGAACUACAUUUCACUCUUGGUUUUCAGGAUAUAACAGCACUUCACCUACAUAUUCUUUGAGCCAUAUCACUGGUAACAUUUCUACUAAAUCUUUCUGUAACACUUAAAGAAUUCCCUCAUUCAUUACCUUACAGUGUAAACAGGAGUCUAAUUUGUAUCAAUUCUAUGUUUUGGUUGUAAUAUUCAGUUCACUCACCCAAUGUACAACCAAUGAAAUAAAAGAAGCAUUUAAAAGGA